GCAGUCAAAGGCAAUACUUUAAACAUUACCGUCUUCUUUCCACUUUAUAUUCUGUACACAGUUUUAAAAGCUGCAGCAUCUUAAGCCUCUGCGAUUUCUUCCAGCGUUUUUCUAUGCUUUGAUCAGAUUUUGAAGAUUCUCUCUUAAGACUGCGGCUACAUGUAAUAAUAAUGCAGUGUGAUAACUGGAACUGGUAGGGAUUUAAGUAGACUGCACACAGAGUGUAAAUAUUCUCAUGGUAUGAAUUCAUAGCUGUCACCUGGGAUGUUACGAGCACUCAUCAGAUAGAGUUGGUUGUGGUUGUGAGACGCUGCAGCUCUGUACGUCUGUUUCUAACGUUUGCGGAAGGUGAGAAUGAAAAACCUCGAGGCACGAACUCAAUCUUCCAUGACCUUAAAAUAAAACUUCUCCUGUUAUCACAGAUCGGCGCUCCUGUUUUUCCCAUUCCUCUGCUUGUCUACCCUGUUUUCAGACCUAAUCUUUAUUAAAGUAGAAAGUUGUUUUGAGAGGACCAAAAAGUGCACUUGAAAACAAACUGCUCUCACCUUGCAGUUAUAUUGUCCCUUUUAAGGUGUUAGUAUGCGUCAAACAAAGUGCUUCUCUAAUAGUCACACAUGGCAUCUGAAACACCGCCCCCUGACACCUUUCUAACAUUGGAAACUGGGAGGGUGGGGGGUUUUCUUCUUUCCAAAACCAACAAUUGGACAAGCACUUUAUGUAGCAAUUGGCCCAGUCUUUUCAUGUUUACAACACCAUCAUGCAACACCUCCACUUGUAUGACUCAUCGCAUUUUGCCCCUCUCUUCUUUGCAGCCAGCUUUUGCCCCACCUUCCAGUAUGGCCACUAUGGACACGUUCGUUUUGAGCAUACACCAGACUUGAAAUUACUUCCUUCUGGAUGCUUUGCUGCGGCUGGCGGCAGUUGUCGACGCACGUUCGCUGCGAGUGGCCCUCCGAGACAGCAUACAGGAGCUGCUACCCAGCACGGAGUGUGUCUGCGUCUACAUGCUGGAGGGACACUCAAGGCUGCUAUCAGACGACCCGCCACAUGAACUGCCACAGGAGGGAAAGAUCAGGAGUAUUGCGGACCAGCUGAAGCGAUGUCAGUGUGCCGGUCUUCCUGUGUCCGAGCUGCCAGAGAAAUACAGAAUCUGCCUCGCAGCACCGUUACCAGCACACAGAAGAGCUGUUGUCAUUCCUAUCUUGGACCAGGAGCGGGACAAGGCCAUCGCUGUCUUACUGGUGGGCUGUAAUCCACUGUCUGAUCAGGAUGAAUUGCAUCUUAACGUGCUGGAAAAACAUGCCUCAGCGGCGUGUGUACGAGUCCAGGCUGUUCAGACAUCCUACCAGAGGCCUCCUCUCAGCCCCUCUCCCAUACAGUCCCACAAUGCACUGCUGCACCUCAACGUCUCAGACCAGGACUACUGCGAACUGGACCGCAACAUCCUGCAGCUCUGUGGUGAGCUCUUUGACCUUGAUGCAGCCUCUCUUCAGCUCAAAGUCAUCAAUUAUCUGCAGCAACAGACUCAGUCGCAGUGUUGUUGUUUGCUACUGGUGUCUGAGGACAACCACCAGCUUUUCUGCCAGGUAGUUGGAGACAAAGUCCUGGAGGAGGAGAUCAGCUUCCCGCUGAUGUUUGGACGCUUUGGUCAGGUUGUGGAGAAGAAGAAGUCAAUUACUCUUCAGGACAUCAGUGCUGAGGAGCGUAGGCAGCUGUCCAGUAUGUUGGGCUGUGAGAUCUCCUCCAUGCUUUGUGUCCCAGUGGCCAGCAGGGCCACCAGUCAGGUGGUAGCGCUAGCGUGCGCCUUUAACAAGCAGGGUGGGCAGAGACACACAGAGGCAGAUGAGCAUGCAAUCCAGCACUGUUUCUGCUACACUUCAACGGUCCUCACUUCAACUUUGGCCUUCCAGAAAGAACAGAAACUCAAAGUGGAGUGCCAGGCACUCUUACAAGUGGCCAAGAAUCUCUUCACACACUUGGAUGAUGUGUCAGUGCUGUUACAGGAAAUUAUAGUGGAGGCCAGGAACCUCAGUGAUGCAGAGAUUUGUUCAGUGUUCCUGCUGGAUCGAGUCAGUCAUGAGUUGGUGGCAAAGGUGUUUGACGGGGGCGUGGUUAGUGACGAAGAGAAGGAGUUUCGUAUUCCAGCGGAUCAGGGUAUUGCAGGUCACGUGGCGACCACUGGUCAGAUCCUGAACAUUAAGGACGCCUAUUCCCAUCCUCUCUUCUACCGCGGUGUGGACGACAGUACCGGCUUCAGGACCCGUAACAUCCUCUGUUUCCCCAUCAAAGACGAGAACAACGAGGUGAUCGGGGUGGCUGAGUUGGUGAAUAAAAUGAAUGGGCCGUGGUUCAACCGCUUUGACGAGGACCUUGCCACAGCUUUCUCCAUCUACUGCGGUAUCAGCAUCGCCCACUCUCUGCUCUACAAGAAAGUCCAUGAAGCUCAGUUCAGAUCCCACCUAGCCAAUGAAAUGAUGAUGUACCAUAUGAAGGUUUCAGAGGAAGAGGUGUCUAAGCUGCUGGUGACAGGGAUUGAACCUGUGAUGGAGAUCCACCCCUGCUACGCUGAGUUCACAUACACACCUCGCUCCCUUCCCGAUGACACCACACCCUUGUGCAUCCUCAGCAUGUUUGAAGACAUGGGUUUCAUCAACACAUACAAGAUUGACCUGCACACUCUCGCCAGGUUUUGUCUGAUGGUGAAGAAAGGCUACAGGGACCCUCCAUACCACAACUGGAUGCACGCCUUCUCUGUCUCACACUUCUGCUACCUGCUCUACAAAAACCUAGGGCUGUCCAACUACCUCGAGGAUAUAGAGAUUCUAGCUCUCUUUGUCUCCUGUAUGUGCCAUGACCUGGACCACCGUGGCACCAACAAUUCUUUCCAAGUCGCCUCACAAUCUGUGCUGGCUGCUCUCUACAGCUCAGAGGGAUCUGUGAUGGAGAGACAUCACUUUGCCCAGGCCAUCGCCAUUCUGAACACUUGUGGCUGCAACAUUUUUGAGAAGUUCUCCAGAAAGGACUACCAGCGUGUGCUGGAUUUGAUUAGAGACAUCAUUCUGGCUACAGACCUGGCUCACCACCUUCGCAUUUUCAAGGACCUGCAGAAGAUGGCUGAUGAUGGAUACAAUCCAAAAAGCCGUACCCACCGCUCGAUGCUGCUGUGCCUAUUGAUGACAUCGUGUGACCUGUCAGACCAAACCAAGGGUUGGAAAACAACACGCAAGAUUGCUGAGCUGAUUUAUAAAGAGUUCUUCUCUCAAGGAGAUCUGGAAAAAGCCAUGGGGAACAGGCCCAGUGAGAUGAUGGACAGAGAGAAAGCGUACAUCCCAGAACUACAGAUAAGCUUCAUGGAACAUAUCGCCAUGCCCAUUUACAAGCUGCUGUCUGAACUGUUUCCUGGGGCCACUGAGCUGUACGAGCGAGUAGCGGCAAAUCGGGAGCAGUGGACCAAAGUGUCCCACAAGUUCACCAUCCGUGGGUUGCCUAGCAACAACAGCCUAGACUUCCUGGACCAGGAAUAUGAGCUGCUGCAGUCCCAGGGUGCUUUCGGGAGUGACGACCACUGCCUCAAUGGUUGCCUUGAGGAUGCAGAAGGAGGGCGGGGUCAGUGACACCAGCGGGAAGCUGACGGUUUAUUGAAGUUUUCUGUGGUCCAAUAAGAGGCUGAGGAUACCUUUUUAGCGACCUAAGAGGGAGGGAUGUCUCUGCUGUCGAUCACUUAGAUGCUUAGCAGGCCAUGCAGAAUGGACAGGACAAAGUUUCAAACUAAUUGAAUCAGACAAGUGAUUUGAAACGAGUGGAUUCACCUGAGCCGGUUCAGUGAUUAGAUGCUACAUGUUGCUUGUGUCUCCAGUUCAGGAAAGCAGAGGGUGGUGACUUUAUCUUUUUCAGGAGCUAUACUGGAAAAAUAAGUUUUUACCACAAGUCACAAGUUCAUUCAUACAGUACUGAUCCUGAUUACGAUUGUAAAAACACACACACACACACACACACACACACACACACACACACUGACACACUUAUGUACAUGCACAUACUGUUUAGACACACACCAGAGAAAAAAAACAAUUCAUUCUUUUUGGAAAAAGACUACUUCAUCAUGUAACAGUGAGAUAAAGUGCUAUACUUUCUGUAAAAUGUUUCAUGAUAGCUUAUAUUGAUUUAAAUGGCUCGGCUUUGUUCACACACAAGCAGCUGCCAUUGUCCCUCACCUGAUGCUUAUGAAUGCAUGCUGUAUGGACACCUCAUGUAUUAUUCCUUUUAUCCUCGUCGAUUUCUCCAUGGCUAAGAAAUUAAUGCAGUCCAUUUUUAUACCAUCAGAACAGAUUUUUGUAUUCAGCUCUUCAAAGUAUAUUUAAUUAAUUCAAUCCAUGAACUUGUACAGGUUGAGGUUUAGUUCAUUUACUUCCACAGCAUUAUAACCCUCAUGUGUAUUGAUUCACUUUACCUCGUUUUUUGGGGUGUUGAAGGGACAAUCUGACAAUCACUGAUCAAUGACAGAGUCAAAGAUCCCUGGCCAUAACCCCCUCCCCACUUCAUGCAAAAAACAUUAGAAACACACACCCUCUGCAUUUUAACUGCAUGUCACUGCAUCAAGUGUGCAUCUACAUCUCAAACAAAAGCCUAAAACACACCUUCACUUUAUUCUUCUCACCCUCUCCCUUGCACCUUUCUCACUUACUUUUUAGUUUACUGAUAUCCUCAUAAACCACUUUAGAUAGAGAGCAACCGAAGCCCUUUAAAAGAUCCAUCUCAUCUGUUAGUGUAAAUGUGCCAGAGUAGAGCGUGUUAUAUGGAGUGUGUCAUUGAGUGUGUCAUAUGGAUCUGCCUUAUUGCGCAUCUUUGCUGCCUUUCUUAGAGCUUUUAAUAUAUGAAAAUUUAAAUAAAGAGUCUGUUUAGUAUGUAUGUUGUUUAUUUGUUAUAGACAUAGUUUGAGUAUCAGUGUGUUGACUGAAUGAUCACCAUGCUCAGAAGUUGUAUAUUUGUGAAAUACCUGUGUGGAGACCUCAGAUCUCAUGUCAUUUCACUUAUUUCUAUUUUAAGUUAUGUAUACAACUACCUGUGGAUAUUAGGCAGACACAACAGCAUUUAUUUUUCAGUUCUUAAUGCGCUCAGAAAAUUGUUUUAAAGAAGGAACUAGAGAUGUAGCCAUCAAAGAAAAGUCUCUUACCUGAAAGCAUCAACAGUUAACUAUUGCUGCAUCCCAAAGGAAAUGUUUGGAAAAUUAGAGUUAAGUUCUCAGAUUGUGCCUCAUGUACAAAAAACAUUUUAAAAAUUGGUGGCUAUGUGGUUUUGUGUUACAAUAUGCCAUAUUCAGUUUUACCUUACAAUGUUUAAAAUAGGAAAUGCUGCAGAGUUAAGGUAAGAUAACCACCAGAAUAGUUGCAGAAAAAGAAACUUCUGAAAUGGACACCACUGUACUGUAUAUAGGCUGAGUGAGUGGGUGUGUAGAUGAGAGACUGAGAGAGAGAGAGAGAGAGAGAGAGAGAGAGAGAGAGAGAGAGAGAGAGAGAAAGGGGUGGAGGUAGCUGGUUUCAGAUCAAAUGUUUGGUAUUAGGAGUCCUUACAAAGCUGGUGCUGAUGAUGCAGACAUAAACCUCAAGUGAUCUGCAAGCAGUUCUUCAAUUAUGUUGUCUUUUAUACAGCCCUGAUAAUGCUGGUGAAGGUAGAUGAAAGCAAAAAUAUGGCAAUUAUAGGAUUUAAAUAUAUUGUUUUUCAUUGAAGGGUCUCAGGAGGGUGCAUUAGGGAGGGAGGUUAAUUGGUUAGCAAAGUGGUUUGAUGUAUGUGUUAGACCUACAUCGGGAUAUGCAUUAGCGCGACUGGAUGAAACCGUUUGAUCUGCCUCGGUCUGGCUUCAUGGACUGAAUAUUUUUUAUGAUAAAUUUCUUAAAGGGCGUACCGAUGUGUUUGUAGAAGAGCCAUACUCUCUCUCUCUCUAGCUCUUUCUCAAGCUCUUUCUCUCACACGUGGGUUUUCCCAUUUCUAUUAUUUUUAAACCACUGUUUCAUACGUACCUGCCUUUUUCAUGUGCAAUAUGAAGUGUCUGCCUCUGUGACGUUACAUAGAUUCCUAUGUAAAUACCUAUGCCUCUUGUUAAGUUAUUACUUUAGUUCUGAGUUCCCAAAGGCAUUCAAGUGUUUGAUCAUGACGUUUCCAUUAAAAAAAAAUGCAAAUGCCGGUGACAAUUUUAAUCCUAAAAUGCUUUUGAGAGUCCAGACCUAGGACACUUUUCUAAACUGCGUGUGUAUCUGUCCCUUUAUGUUUGUUUUAGAGAGUCAGGGCUAAAUGUGCCAAGCAGACAUUGUGAACUUCCUGGCCAAGCUGCAAAGUGAAAAACAGGCAUACCUACAGUUAUUUUCUUUUUUUUUUUGUUCUCUAAUGUUGCAGUGAAGUCGAGGGCUGUGUUCAUAUAAAACUUUUCUGAUAUACAUCACGACCAGGGCUCAUCCAGGAAGUAUGAACCGAAUCUAUUUCCCAUCAUCACAGAACAGCAGGACUCUAACCUGUGAUGUAAUGUCAUUGUAAUGAUCAUCUGUGACAUAAUUGUUAAAUAUGGCAAAAGUAUAAUUUUUGUAAAUAUCAAAGUUUUAAAAGAAAAUGUUUCUUGAUUGUCUGUCAUUAUUACAAUGGGAAGUAUUUCAAUUCUGUAAUGUAUUUAAAGUGGUUGCAUCCUGUUCUCUUCUUUUUUCUUUUUUUUUUGUCAUGCCAUCUUUGAACAACCCCAAUCGUAGACUUUUAGACAGAGGGGAUGAAAUAAAACUAUAUGUGUGUUUAGGAUAUGCAUAUGAUAUUCUAUCACAAAUAGGAACCCAAACUAAUCUGAAAUGUAUACAUGAUGCUUGUACUGAGGACUAAAUCCAGUCAUCUGUUAAUUAUUUGUUUUGUUGAGUUCUGAGUGCUGGUGGUCUUGUUCUUCUUCAGAUGUAAUGAACAAGGACCAUUUUUGACAAGACAAAUGGAUGAAAUUUUGACUUUUUUUUUUUUCUUGGAAUAAAUCUGGUGAAAGGCU